AUGGCGCCUGGGGAGAGAACACCUAAGGGAACUAAGCGGACUAAGUCCCGGAAGGGCAAGGAAGCGGCUGGUGGUUCUGGACAGGUCAUAGGAGAUGGGGCCAACCCCACUCAAGUGUUACCACCCCAGACGGGGCUGGUUAAUGAGAAGACCGGGGAACCCUUCGCGACGUUCCUGCCUACUGAGGUUCAGGUUGAUAACCUGGGUGAGCAACAACAAGAGGGACGGGAGGAGGAAGGUGAUUCCUCCCAUGUAGGAGACGAGACCGGACCUGGAGAUGGGGCGGAGGAGUUGGCCAAGCCAUCUAUGCGGGAGGUGACGGAUGUGGUUAAGGCCAUUGGCACUCAGAUGUUGGCUUUCACGCAUGAAUUUACCCCUUUUUUGAACUCAUCGGUUGGCCAGAUCACCCCAGCUCAGGCCACGGUUCAGGCAACUCAAAGAGCAGCUAGGACAGCUGGGAAAGCAUCUGGUGUAGCUCGUGCAGCUGCACAAGUAGCUCGAACAGCUGCCAGGACAGCCGAGGACCGAGCUUCGGUCAAAGCUGAGGAGUACAAAAAGGACAUUGUGGUUCACUUCCUGGAAGGUGACACACAUAACUGGUGGUUAGCUCUAGACAAACGCACCAAUGGGACAAUUGAGCGGUUCUCAAACUUCGAGGUGGAGUUCAACCACAAAUACUUCUCAGCUGAAGCUUGGGACCGUCUGGAGUCUCAGUUCCUAGACUUGACUCAAGGACGCAUGAUAAUACGUGAGUACGAAGAGAAGUUCAUCCGGCUCAGACGAUAUGUGGGCAAGGAGUUGGAGGAGGAGACGACAGUGUCUGAACUGGUGGAACGCAUGGUUAUGGUGGAGACUAACUCGGCUGAAGAGGCCAAGCUGAAGUCUAGGGGCCACACGGCUUCUAGUGGAUCCGGAAGCGACCGGAAGAGAAAGAGGGACACGGCCGAAGGGGGCAAGGCCUCAAGUGAUAGGCCGGAGUGUCCUUCAUGCAGAAGGCAUCACGGUGGAGAGUGUUGGAAGGCAAAGGGGGCUUGCACCCGUUGUGGCAAGAUGGGCCACUUUGCUCGAGACUGUCCUGGACGGUCAGAGAACCGUGGACAGGGCUUGGGGAGUGACCCCAGAAGCUGUCAUUACUGCAGCAAGAUGGGACACCUACGCUGGGAAUGUCCCAAGAUGCAAGCUGAGGCUAAAGGACGUGGGGAGGCCAGCAAGCCAAGCCAGACCCGAGGUCAGACCUCAGCACCGCGUGUGUAUGAACUGACCAAGGACGCAUCAGAGGCUGGACCAUCACUGCAGGUACCUCAGGGUGUCCCCCCUGAUAGGUCGGAUCCAUUUACGAUUGAACUAGAGCCAGGGACAGCUCCGCUGUCCAAGAGUCCGUACCGGAUGGCUCCGGCCGAGAUGGCCGAGCUAAAGAAGCAAUUGGAAGAAUUGCUUGACAAGGGGUUCAUACGGAAGACGGCAUUUAGGACCAGGUACGGUCAUUACAAGUUCGUAGUGAUGCCGUUCGGUCUGACCAAUGCACCUGCCGCUUUCAUGAAAAUGAUGAACAGCGUGUUCCGAGAUUUCUUGGAUGAAUUCGUGAUCAUCUUCAUUGAUGAUAUCCUAAUUUAUUCCAAGGAUGAGGAAUCUCAUAGGAAACACUUGAGAGCCUUGCUGGAACGAUUACGAGAACACAAACUCUAUGCUAAACUCAGUAAAUGUAGCUUUUGGCAGAAGAGUAUUGGGUUCCUCGGCCAUAUUGUUUCCGAUCAGGGCAUCUCGGUGGAUCCAGAGAAGAUCAGGGCAAUCAAGGAUUGGCCCCGACCACGCAGUGCUACGGAAGUCAGAAGCUUCUUAGGGCUGGCAGGUUACUAUAGAAAGUUUGUGAAAGGAUUCGCAAGCUUGGCUCAGCCUAUGACGCGGUUGACUGGGAAGGACGUUAAGUUCACAUGGGCUGAAGAGUGUGAGGAAUGUUUCUCCGCACUUAAGAACAUGCUGACUAGCGCACCCGUCCUAGUGCUUCCGGAGGCCGAUCAACCAUAUGUGGUCUAUACGGACGCGUCCAUCACUGGGCUAGGUUGCGUAUUGACCCAGCAUGGGAAGGUCAUUGCCUAUGCGUCCAGGCAGUUGAGGAAACAUGAGGGAAACUACCCCACCCAUGAUCUCGAAAUGGCUGCGGUAGUAUUCGCCUUAAAGAUUUGGCGAUCAUACUUGUAUGGCGCCAAAGUUCAGAUACUUACGGACCAUAAGAGUCUUAAUUAUAUAUUCACCCAGCCUGAGUUAAACUUAAGGCAGAGGAGGUGGAUGAAAUUCAUAGCUGACUACGAUUUGGACAUCACCUACUAUCCGGGAAAGGCUAAUCUGGCCUUAGGGACAAGAGUGAACAUGAGUACGGCCUAUCACCCACAGACGGAUGGACAGUCUGAACGU